AGAAUAGGUAGAUGGAUGGAAAAUCUUCACAUAUCUGUCUAUGAUGACCAGCCCAAUGCACACAAACGGUUUAUGGAAAAACUUGAGGCUCGCAUUCGGAAUCAUGACCGGGAGAUUGAGAAAAUGUGCAACUUUCACCACCAGGGUUUUGUUGAUGCUAUCACAGAACUGCUGAAAGUGAGGUCGAAUGCAGGAAAGCUAAAGGUUCAAGUAACUGAGACGAAUCGGCGACUUCAAGAUGCAGGAAAAGAGGUGAUUAGCCAAAGCGAAGAAAUGAUUCGAUGCAGAGUGCAACAGAGGAACAUUGCUACUACAGUUGAGAAACUUCAGCUCUGUCUUCCUGUACUGGAAAUGUACAGCAAAGUAAGAGAACAGAUGAAGGCCAAAAGAUAUUAUUCUGCUUUGAAAACUAUGGAACUUCUAGAAAAUACCUAUCUUCCGCAGGUUUAUCAAUAUCGCUUCUGUCAGAUCAUGACUGAAAAUAUUCCCCGGCUGCGAGAAGAAAUCAAGGAAAUUUCCAUGUCAGAUUUGAAAGAUUUCUUAGAAAGUAUUCGGAAACAUUCUGAUAAAAUAGGAGAGAUGGCCAUGAAACAAUCUCAACAACAGAGAAUUUUUAAUAGUGUUGUGAAGAAGCAAACUAAUACCAGCCAUGAAAGGAAGUUAUACAUUGCCAAUGGUAUGGUUCCUGACCACAUGGAUGAAACCACGUUAGAACAGUUCCAGGAUGAAGAAGAAUAUGAAGAGGAGGUUCUUACUGCCCAGGAUCUGGUGGAUUUUUCUCCUGUUUACAGAUGCCUGCAUAUAUACACCAUUUUGGGCGAUCGAGAAACCUUCGAAAAUUAUUACAGGAAACAACGAAGGAAACAAGCAGGAUUGGUAUUGCAACCACAGUCAAGCAUGCAUGAAACUGUUGAAGGCUACAGAAAAUAUUUUAACCAAAUUGUUGGAUUUUUUGUGGUGGAAGAUCACAUAUUACAUGCAACACAAGGGUUGGUGACCAGAGCAUUUACUGAUGAGCUAUGGAAUAUGGCACUUUCAAAAAUUAUUGCUGUCUUAAGAACUCAUUCAUCCUAUUGCACUGAUCCUGACCUUAUUUUGGAGCUGAAGAAUUUAAUCGUGGUUUAUGCUGACACUUUACAAGGCUAUGGAUUUCCUGUGAACAGACUGUUCGACUUAUUACUUGAGAUCCGGGAUCAGUACAGUGAAACUUUAUUAAAGAAAUGGGCAAUUGUGUUUAGGGAAAUCUUUGAGUCUGACAACUGCAGUCCUAUUCCAGUAGCAAAUGAAGAAGAAUACAGAACAAUAAUUAGUCGAUUCCCAUUUCACGACUCGGAGCUUGAAAAGCAACCUUUUCCAAAGAGGUUUCCAGUGUCUCAGUCAGUACCUGAGAUCUACAAGGAAUUCAAAGAGUUCAUUUAUGCAAGCCUUAAAUUUUCAGAAUCUCUUCAUCGAAGUUCAACAGAAAUAGAUGAUAUGCUCAGAAAAGCCACCAACCUGCUACUGACUCGUACUCUGAGUGGAUGUUUACAAAGCCUCAUCAAGAAACAGCACAUAGGUUUGACUGAACUUGUACAAAUCAUCAUAAAUACAACACAUCUGGAACAGGCCUGUAAAUAUCUUGAGGAUUUUAUAACAAACAUCACCAAUGUUUCCCCAGAGACUGUGCACACCACGCGACUUUAUGGACUGUCCACAUUCAAGGAUGCUAGACAUGCAGCAGAAGGAGAAAUAUACACAAAGCUUAACCAUAAGAUUGAUGAGUUCGUACAGCUAGCUGACUAUGAAUGGACCAUGACCGAACCCAAUGGUCGAGCCAGUGGUUAUUUAAUGGAUCUUAUAAACUUUCUCAGAAGCACUUUUCAAGUUUUUACACACUUGCCUAAUAACGUCAAUCACCAUGCAGCUAUGUCGGUGAGUAUAUGAAGAAAGCAUGCACAUCUGAAGGCUGUGAACUGACUACAGGCUUG